AGCCAGAGAAACAGAUAGACAGACGGACAGGAACCCAGGAUUAGGAUCAGACCUGGAUAGAAGAUAAAGAAGAAUUGUGAGAACCUGGGAUCAAUCAUCGUCACCAUGCCGUACUACAGUAGAAAGCCCGCGCCGAUCUCGUUAGAGACGGCACUGGAGGAGGAACGGCGGGAGCUGCUGCGGGAAUCGGGUGAAGACCGCAACACUAAUUCCUCCUGGUACCCGCGCCGGAGCAUGCUGGACAUCGCCCCCAGUCCAGGCUUCCGCCAUGGUUCCAUCGCCGGCAUUGGAGUUGGUGUGACUUCCCCCUCGGGCCGUCAUUAUCACCAUCACUACUCUAACAAUUCUAAUUCCACUUCCGUCAAUACUACAUCCGCUCCCCGUCGCUCUUCAACCCCCACCACUUCCACCGCUCCGUCUCCCACUACCACCACCACUUCUUUUAAACCACCACCACCACCACCACCACAACAACAACCACAACCUCCUCUUUCUUCGCCCACCUCACCAUCGACUUCACCAACGACUUCACCAACGACUUCACCAACGACUUCACCAACGACUUCACCAACGACUUCACCAACGACUGCGAACCCCACUACCACCAGUGUUGCCACUACCACCACAAGUUCCGCUCCACCGCCCAGGACCACUUCUUUGGUGGCUCCUCCUUUACCACCCGCCCCGAGAAAAUCAUCCGUUCAAUCUGACGGCGGCGAUAAGCCCGGAACCACCUCGAGCACGACCACAACACCGCACAAAUCAGGACCUAGCAUUCGCUGGGAUUCCUCUCUCGAUAUGCCUCCCAGCGCCCGUCGUGCUAGUCAAUCUCAUGCUCAGGAGAAGCCGCCCACCGCCUCCUCGAAUCGCCUGCCAAGCAUGGCUGCCGUGAUGCAAGGUCUCGACAUCAAAGUCGGCUUUCCCAGUUUUGUCAGAGGCCGGGACUCCGGUCGUAGUUCCUCAUCGCGAGGCAACUCUCUCGACUCGCGCGUUCCGUCCCUCCGCUCGACCCGCUCCAGUUCACCCAAGCGUCGCUGGCUGAAUCCUGGCUCACGCAAUCCGCCGGUGGAUGCGGCAAAACCCAUACUCGAAAGCCCGAAGGAGACCCCAGUUGAGAAUCCGAUGGACAAACCCAAAGGGAGCAAGGAAUCAGUCAGAGAGAAACAGCCAGAGAGGCCUGCCGUCGAAAGCACUAAACAGUCGCUUCAAGAGAACCCGAAGGAGAGCUUGCCAAUUGAAAAUGUCUCCCAGGUCUCUCCUCCUCCGACCCCUCAGUCAACAUCGCAACCAACAGCCCCGCCAACGCCACCAGAGGCAGAUGCUCAAUUAUCGGCUCCUGGCGAGCAGCGACUUGAGAAAGAUCGCUUCGACAGCGAAAACAAUCCGAUUGAAACCAGUGAUGAAGAUGGCGAUGAAUUGUCUUCCAGUGAUGAGGAGAGUCCGGACCGCGAGUCGGAUGAGGCCAAGAGAGGGCGAAAAGAGACGGUCGACCAUGAACCCCCCCGAGUUGCGCCGCGCACGACAACAAAAACAGCUCCGGCGUUCCAGUCUAGCAAUGAUCUUACAGGGAAGCAUGAUUUGAUUCAUUCAGCCAAGACAGGUCCCGUCUCAAAGCCUGAUGUUCAUCCCUGGACGAGCUUCGACUCGGCUUCAGCAACCAACACCCCGUUCGGCUCCGAGGACGAGGCUGAAUUGUGCGACAUCAAACGCGCCCAGAAACUCAGCAUUCAGAUGUCCACAAUUGACAAUUCAGUGCACAACCGGUCCAUCCGGACGAUCAUCCGUGGGGACUAUCCCAGCAUACGCGAAGAGGAAGGUGCUCGUCGCCGCCAACGCAGGUACCUGGUAACGACUGAUCUCAGCGAGGAGUCAGUGUAUGCUUUGGAGUGGACCAUCGGCACCAUUCUGCGGGAUGGCGAUACGAUGUUUGCGGUCUGUGCCAUGCAUGACGAGACCGCCACUCCGGCAGCAGUCCAGAUUGGUGACGGAGCCAGAGUCAUGCAGGACGCUGCCGCCGUCGUCGGGUCUCAGACGGCCGAGACGGCAGAGAAAUCCCAGAAUGAUUCCAGCUCACAUCUGCCUAGAACCUUCUUCAACCGCUUGGGGAGCGGCACGGACAGCAAACCGGGCUCUGUUGAUGCAAGAGGUAUGUCCAAGGCGGAGGCUGAGCGCGUACGUGCGGUGGAGGUUAUCUCGCAGACUUGCGUCCGCCUCUUGAGAAAGACAUUACUCCAGGUGCGCGUGGCGGUCGAGGUGAUCCAUUGCAAAAGCCCGAAGCAUAUGAUUACUGAAGCUAUCGAUGGGCUGAAUCCUACGUUGGUAGUCGUUGGGGCUAGGGGACGAAGUGCACUGAAGGGGGUGGUCCUCGGAUCGUUCUCCAACUAUCUGGUCAUGCACUCGUCCGUGCCGGUGAUGGUGGCCCGAAAGAAGUUGAAGAAACAAACCAAGAACAAAAAGAUGAACGUCCGUCUGUCCAACAACCUGACCACGCCUAAGAAGCUUGCGCUGGCGAAAGUGGACUAGUCGACUUCACACCUCCCUCUGAUUUCUCCGUUGUUUGCUUUGCACACGAUACCAUCACGGUUUGACGGCGGUUUGGCGUAUUUAUCCCACGAUUCUAGCCUGCUUCUUUUGUGGGAAUCUUUUCCAUUCUUCAGCUGUAUCAGUAUGACCUUAAUGACGAACGGAUUUGACGAUUUCAUUUCGCUUGGCGUUCGUUUCCUCCCUUUCUCUAAUCUGAUUGCAAGUCACACCGCGCGCGGAUGGUGAUAACUUCUGGCGGCUGCAGAAUGCUCUAUGGGAUGUACAAGUCACAUUAGUCGGCUAUCUCUCUGCGAGAGAAGAAUUAGUUUCAUUUUAAUUCUCA